AUGUGUGCCACACAUGUAAAGGGAGACUGGUGGGGAUGAUUUGGUAAGGGGAAAGAGUAGAUAGGAUGAUGGGAUUGGGUUGGGGCAGGAGAUGGAUGGGAUGAUAGGAUGGGGGAGUAGAGGGUGGCUGGGAUAAUGGCGUGGAGGUGGAGUCAGAGAUAGAUGAUGGGAUGGGGGAAGCAGAGAUAAAUGGGAUGGUUGAGUAGAAGAUGGCUGGGAUAAUGGCGUGGAGGCGGAGUCAGAGAUAGAUGAUGGGAUGGGGGAAGCAGAGAUAAAUGGGAUGGUUGAGUAGAAGAUGGCUGGGAUAAUGGCAGUGGAGGCGGAGUCAGAGAUAGAUGAUGGGAUGAGGGAAGCAGAGAUAAAUGGGAUGGUUGAGUAGGAUAUGGCUGGGAUAAUGGCGUGGAGGUGGAGAGGAGAUUGUUGAGAUGAUUGGAUGGGGGAGUAGGAGAUGGUGUCAGAAAUUCAUAUGAAGCAGCAAGCCAUGGUAGCUUUGUCGUUCUAGUUUUAGUUUGAUAUCAAGAGAGAAUAAGUUGACUAAGUCUGGUCGAAAAGACCGAUUUGCUGAAGACAUUACUGCCGUGUCCUUGUCACUCAGGCGCGCAUUCCUAAGGUUGACGAGCGCGUGAUUUUGGUUAGUGUACUCCCAUUGGCUGAUGAGGAACCAUGUGCAUCUCGUUUGCUAACGCAUGUGGGGACGCCGCAGUAAUGGCUCCUGAUUCAUUCUUGUCACCGUAUUGGUCUAUAAGGCGGUUCCGAAUUACCGCAUGUUUGCUGUACUAGAAAAUAGGGCAAGGGUCAUUUGUACAUAAAAUAAAUUGCUUCAUCGUGCGUGAGGGCGCCUUUCUGUGACAUGCGUUUGUGUAGUGAAUGUCAAGUGCGCAAUUCAGUUAGAGCUGCAAUUUUUAUCAAUUCUUUUCAAGUCUUGGGGAAGUCUUUCAAUUGAUGAAAUUCGUCUGUGGACCGUAGCCUGAUUGAAAGAGUUUCAAUGUUCCACAUGCUGUAGUUGGAUUAUUAAAUCAACACUUAAUUGAACCUUGAUUUAUAUGAAAUUACCUGAUACGUGUGGUGUCAACUCGAAAUUUCAGGUUUCUUUUUUUUUCAGUUUCAUUCUAUCUUAAAGAUACUGCUUCCCGUGAAGAUUUCCUGGAGUGAGUUCAUAUACAAAUGUCACUUGACACCCUGUGCACAAACCCUAUAAGCUGGUCUAAAAAAUUCUAAGCGUUUUCUGAGAAAAUGCUUCGAUUUUCUCACUGCUAAAUUUGACUUUUUAGGACAUAAGAUUGCUUUCUGAGGGCUAACAAGGCCUGGCGGGGGAAAUUAGUGGUAUUUUCAUAUGGAAAUCUUACCAAUUUCCUUUUCGUUAAAGUUAUAGAAAAGUAUUGUGAAUUACAUUUGGACACUAUUCAGUAUUAUUUCUUAAAUGACUGUACGGGAUUGCAGGUUACCAGAAUGUUCAUUCUGUUCUUGGUUCUUCCUUAUUUCAUCUUCAGCAUCUUUCUUAUUUCUGCAAUUUCUUAAACGAUCGCCUGUAUCAACAGCUACCCAGUAAAUGAAUCAAUUCGUUUUAUGUACAAAUGAUCUUUGUACAAAUAUCAUUGCUGGCAUUAAAAAUAAAUUAGUUGAUAAUAGAGGUCAUUGGAGCAAAUCUAUAUAUAAGCCUAUUUUUAGUGCAGUGCCUUGUUGGCAACACUUGUGAUCAGAGUGGAAAUGAAAUACAUGUGUUGUCUUCCAGUAAGGUCAGACUGCUCACAUGUACACGAAGAAAUGAAAACAUCCAUGUGUAUGUUUGGCUCAGUUUGGUUAGUUUUCUCAGUUUAGAGAACAAAAAGGAAGUUUCUCGGUUUUAUUGAACAGUGUAAUCCUUUGAUGCCUGAAAUUAAAACCAAACUUUCAUUGAACGGGACAGUACCUAACUUUGCCUAUUACAGUUAGAGGGAAACCUUCGCAACGAUAGUAAUCACAACGGAAACCUUUGCUCAAGUUUAUUUUUUAAACAGCUUCCUUAUUUUGCAAAGCACUUGUAGAAGCUCUUGUAGUAAAGACGUGUUUAUGUGUAAAAUGCCAUGCGUAUUAUAUAACCCUGAAGAGCAAUUCUGAAAAAAAGAAUACUGCCGCAGAAAGACAGGAACAUGCCAAAUCAAUAAUACAUGUAGUCAACAUUUUCUGUACUUUAAUAAUUAGUUUUGUUGCACGACGCCGUCUUAAAUUAUCUUCAGGAACUUCCUCUUUCUCUCCACCUAUUUUAUGGACACACUAGUACACAUGAAAUGUAUCGCCUAACACGGAAAUUUCCAGCUACACAUAAACAGUUGGAAGGUUUCGAGUUUUGUUUGCUCAUCCUACAGUUGGCCUAUUUAAAAGGCGCAUUUCGUUGACAGUGCUAGAUUCCUUGCAGCAUUGGUCGUGUACAAUAUAUCGCUAGAUUUACAAGCAGUUCGUCAUUAUGGAUGAUAUAGGGGAUGAAAGUCUGCUGAGAAGCCCCGCUUGGCCUAAGGGUUUGGUGCUAUCAUGGACUCUUCUGGGAAUAUUCAAGGGCGACGAAAUUGAUGCGACCAAACAAUGCUUGCUGUGCAAUCCAGAUAAAAUCCGCGAGGACAAAUUGGACAAAUGUGACAAAGAUUUGGAUGAAAACGCCAAUCACUGUACAGAGGACGACAUGAUGACAAUUGGAGAGAGACCUGGCCGUAGAUGUGCUGUGUGCUUGAGCCUCUUAUGGAAUUCGGACAGUAUGGUGGUCGGCGAUUAUUCCACUGCAGUUCCACGAUGGCUGAAAAAUCGUCUCUUUGGUAUCCUGCCAUUCUUGUUUGUUUUCCUGUUCCUGGUGUGUGGCGUAGGCACCAUUGGUUGGUAUCUGUACGAGUUCUGGGGCCAGCUUAGGGGCGUCACACACUUGGUGUCAUUUCUGGCUUACAGUGUUAUCCUUGUUGGAGUUGCCUUUGUUUGCAUGGCCUCGUGGACCAUGCAUUACUUCAGUCGGUUACCAGGGAAAGCUGGUCAUUGGUACAAUAUGCUUCAUGUUGACUACGUCGCACGGCGACUGCGAUGUUUAUCUGGUAGCAAGCUUCGGUUACCAGCGUCGUUGUUUCUUACUUUCAGCAUGGUAUGGGCGGUUGUCAACGUUUUCUUUCAGGUCCUUAAUGUUGUCCAAUAUCUCAUUUCGACUGAUAACUCAACAUCGUCUUGCACAGAGGGGUUGAAUAAAGAAUCAGCAGGAAAUCUCAUCGAGUCACCUGAUUAUCAUGGCUUCUUGUUAGUCAAGACCGUUUUGGGCGUGGUUACGGCUGUUCUUUGUCUACCAUCAUACGCAUCGUUUUGGCAUUAUGUGCUGGUCAUCCGUCAAGGUCUUACAGCUGAAUUGAACCUUGUGUUGGUUUUUAUCAAGCACAAUGAGGGCAGAUUAGACUGGUGUCGGCGCCGUAUCGUUGAGAUCCACCGUGAAUUAGCAGUUCUCCGCCACGUCAUGGCUGGCCUUAUGCCUUUUAUUGUCGCGUCUGGUGUUUUGGGUGUUACCGUUCACAUUAGCUGGAAUUACAACGUGUACAGUGACAACAAGAGGUGUUUGGCAGAGGAAAAUCUGUUAAUCAAUAUAUUCAUAUUUAGUGAGAAGUUCAUGGUCUUGAUCUUGCCUCUCGUGGCGGUUGGUGGUCUUAAUGUGGAUCACAUCUGGUUCCAAUUUAUGUACGCCCUCUCGCGACAGAAGAACACUGACCAUGAGGAAUUCUGGGACCGCCUGUUGCACUUCACAAAGGAGCUCGACCCAGAACAUAACGGCAUGGAUAUUACAGUCCUUCUAUCUGUAGUCAGUUUAUAUCUUGGCCGCAAUUUGACAGGACAACAAGUUAACUAUUUCGGAGUUGGCGCAUGAGUAAUAUGUGAUAUGUGAAUUUAGUAUUAUCAUCUAAAGCUUUUCAAUUUGUUCUUUUCUAUCUCCUUUGGGGUAUUUCGUUAGCUAUACUAUUUUCACCUUUAUGCAGUACUUUUAUUAGCUCAGUAAUAGUAAUAUAAAGCGAAAAAGUGGAGGUCAUAUACAUGUAGUGUGUCAGAGAAUACAGAAGAUGUUUUGUGAAAUGAAAACUGUGAUAUAUAUCCAAGGCGCUUUUAAAGAGAUCGAAAAGCAAAUGUACAGCUUGCGCUAGAACUCGAAGUACUUGAAGGUACUUUGGUCUGAUUUAAAGUGUAGCCGCAAUGAAUUUAUGUUAAAACGCCAUUUUAGGGCAAGUUCAGUGUAUGAAAUUUAUUUGAUAUCCCAUUCAAUUUCGUUUAAAUGAAUUGAAAAGUGCAAAUUUUAAAGCAAUAAAAAUGCCCACGCUUUCCAAAACAACUUUGGGCGAUGUCGCUGUAAUGUAAUCCAGGAACAUGUUUCACUGCAUAGGGUUUCUGUUCAAAUAGUGAACCCAAACUUAACUCACAGUAAAAAUUUCGGAGAACGGAUUCAUUCUUGCUUAUUGCUGGUAUUAUCACAACAGUGAGUCACCAAAGAAAAAACUGAAGACAGAAAAAUCUUGAAAAUUCAGCAAGUUCGUGUAUAAACCAGUGCAACAUUGAGAUUGUCUUCCAGUGAUAACAUCACAGUUAUGCUCAUGGAUAUGAAAAUAUAUAUUAGCUUAAAUACCACCAGUGCAGCAAAAUGCCCUUAAAACAGUGAAACAAAAAUUGAAAACGGUGUUAACUGAGAUGUGAAGGCGCAUUUUUGAGGUUUGUAUUAAAAACAAUUUUUACAUUGCAAUAGGAGUAGCCUAAUGAUAAUGCUUGGCCGCAGUGGCGUAUUCAGCUAGUGGUGGGGGGAAGGUUUCCCCCUGACGGUUUUUUUUAUCAAAUAUUAAUAAAAAACAUUUUAUUGAUCAAAUAUCAGCACCGAAACCCUUAAAAAACAGCACCACGAAAUAAAAGCAGGAAUUCGGGAACGUAAGGCCAUUGAUAUUUUUCUCCCCCAACAUCCUCUUGAGUAAGACCGAAGCUACAUUUUGCUUUUGAGUUUGCCCCUCCCUCAUCAAAACCUGAAUACGCUGCUGCUUGGCCUGUUUUAAACAGAUCAGGGAAUUGAUGUCUGUCUGAUGUCCCGGGCCCAUGGCAAGGAUCAGUGUCCAUUCUCCUGAGCCGCUCACUUUACCACCAAGUCAAAACAGGUUUUAAAAAUCAUACUUUCCAUCAAUUUUGUUCAACGAUUUCACUUCAUUUUUUCGAACCCUUUUAAUCCAUACUAUGGUAUGUACCUCUUGGGAGUAGUUCUGCAUAAAUACAUGGAUAUUGGCUUGCGUAUGGCUCGCACUGCAUGGUGUGGUGUACAGCUACCCGAUGCAAUACCAACCGUCAAAGCCACAUGGUGGCCUCUCGACCAGUAGAAAUAUGGUUGAUAACAUUGUGAACAAAAUGCAUCUAUAGUUUAUGUGGAAUUUGUGGAAUUUUUAAUUCCAAGUCAAAUCACAAGUCACAAGUGUCACAUAGUCACUUUUGGUGACUCCUUCGGACAAAUGCAAGUUGAAUAACUGUGCCAUACACAAUCAUAAAUGAAAAAACCACCCGACUUUUGUUUCCUUUAAAAACUUUAAUUAAAUUAAUUCCCCUUCAUGAAAGACUUUUUUUAAGCUCAGUUUUCGAUAAAUUGCAAGGUCUCUUAUCUCCGGUACAACUAUAUUGUUCGAAUUAUUCAAAACUGAAAACCUUCUACACCAACUUUCUUCAUUUCAGACUAUUGACAAAACACUUGUUCAAAGCCUUCAUUCAGUUAGGUCCACUAUUAAUUACGGCGUGUUCAAAUUCAGAUGAACCUCCAACUUUUUCAACUCACAAUAUUUCGGUUUGCCGUCGCUUCAAGGCAAUCUGUAUUUCCAGUGCACUUUAUGGUAUUAACGUAUGAAUAUUUCAUCUAUAAACACUGUUUUUCAGUUCCCCAGCUGGUGUAUAAUCUCAACUGGAAACAGUACAUAAAUGUCAUUUCUCCAACGCCAAAUUUAAUAUUCAUAACUAGAAAUAUCUUUCCUUCACAAUGCCCUCACUAAUUGUCACUCACAACCUUUUGUGACUUUUCACCACUUCAGUAUCAGUUGUGCAGGUAGUUGGAACACUCAAUAUCAAUUAGCACUACACAUUUCAAUUCCUUUAGCGUCUUCCUAUCGACUUUUCAAUACAAUUAACAAUUUUCAAAAUUCUUACUUUUGAUAUUACUUAAACGGUAUUACCAGUUUACACUUCUCAAUACAUAUGUCUUUUACAACCAAAAAUCAAAGUUCCUCGUUAGAAUCUGAUUUUACACCACUUUUAUAUGGGACUUAAUAUUUACCAUUUUCAUAAUGGCAUAGCCUAAUCUUCCAGCAGUUCAUACUUUCAGUGUUUAUGAUGUCAAUGCGCAUCACAUUCAAAGGUCAGAUGAUCCUGAGGCAUACAAGUUCACAGGGUUUUGCUGAGGUCGAU